UCCUUCAGCAGUGGGCAUCACCGGCGCUGCUGCUGCUGCUGCCGCGUCUCCUCACCGGCGUCUCCUCACACCCAUGGGAUUUUAAGGUGGAGCAGACGGGCGCUGAGAUGGGACCAGGAUCAGGAUCAGGACCGUGAAGGAUGCCGGACGUGGAUCUGGGUUGGAUCGGGGCUUCGGUAGGAGCGGCGCACAGCUGGAACCACUGAUCUGCUGGAGGAGACAGAGGACGAGGAGGAACCAGUAAAGAUGAUGUGCGAGGUGAUGCCCACCAUCAGCGAGGACACUGCCAUGAGCCAGCGAGGUUCUCAGAGCAGUUCCUCCGACCCGGACUCGCACUUCGAGCAGCUGAUGGUCAACAUGCUGGACGAGCGGGACCGUCUGCUGGACACUCUCCGGGAGACUCAGGAGAGCCUGGCGCUGGCACAGCAGCACCUGCAGGACGUCAUGUACGACCGGGACUCGCUACAGCGCCAGCUCAGCUCCGCACUGCCACAGGAGUUUGCGGCGCUGACCAAGGAGCUGAACGCCUGCAGGGAGCAGCUGCUGGAGAAGGAGGAGGAGAUCUCAGAGCUGAAGGCCGAGAGGAACAACACCAGGCUGCUGCUGGAACAUCUGGAGUGUCUGGUGUCUCGACACGAGCGCUCUCUGAGGAUGACGGUGGUGAAGAGGCAGGCUCAGUCCCCGUCAGGAGUCUCCAGUGAGGUGGAAGUUCUCAAAGCUCUCAAAUCUCUCUUUGAACACCACAAAGCUCUGGAUGAGAAGGUCAGAGAGAGGCUGCGAGUGUCACUGGAAAGAGUCUCGGCACUGGAGGAGGAGCUAACUACUGCCAAUCAGGAGAUUGUUGCCUUAAGAGAACAGAACGCUCACAUCCAGAGGAAAGUGGCAUCAGGGGAAGCAGCCGAGGAUCUGCUGGAGGGAGACGCUCAGAAAGUUCAUGGCAAGCGGCUGUCAAACGGUUCGAUGGAGUCGGGGGACGAGGCGAGUCAGGUGGUGGAACUUCAGGAACUGCUGGAGAAGCAGAACUAUGAGCUGACUCAGAUGAAGGAGAGGAUGUCCUCGCUGUCGUCCAGAGUCUCGGAGGUGGAGCAGGAACUGGAGACGGCACGUAAAGACUUCAUCAAGAGUGAAGACAUGAACACCAAAUACCAGAGAGACAUCAAAGAGGCGAUGUGUCAGAAGGAGGACAUGGAGGAGAGGAUCGUGACGCUGGAGAAACGUUACCUCAGCGCUCAGAGAGAAUCCACCUCCCUGCACGACAUCACUGACAAACUGGAGAACGAACUGGCCAAUAAGGAGGCGUUUCUCCGCCAGAUGGAGGAGAAGAACAGGCAGCUACAGGAAAGGCUGGAGUUGGCCGAGCAGAAGCUGCAGCAGACCAUGAGGAAGGCGGAAACUCUGCCGGAGGUGGAGGCCGAACUGGCUCAGAGAAUAGCGGCUCUAACAAAGGCAGAAGAAAGACACGGCAGUAUUGAGGAGCGGAUGAGGCAUCUGGAAGGUCAGCUGGAGGAGAAAAAUCAGGAACUUUUAAGGGCACGUCAGAGAGAGAAGAUGAACGAGGAACAUAAUAAACGUUUAUCAGACACGGUGGAUCGUCUUCUUACUGAAUCUAACGAGCGUCUGCAGCUCCAUCUGAAGGAGAGGAUGUCGGCGCUGGAGGAGAAGAAUGUUUUAAUACAAGAUUCAGAGAGUUACAGGAAACAGCUGGAGGACUCCAUCCACGAGAAGACUCAGCUGGCGGACGAGUUGGAUAAAAUGAGAGUUGAACUCGAUCAGUUCCGAAUGAGGAUGGAGCCGACGCUGUCCCGGUCUCACCUGGAUACCUCCUCAGAUCUGCACUACUCUCUCGGCUCUCUGGUCGACUCUCAGUCUGAUUAUCGAUCGGCUAAAGUGAUGCACCGGACGCGCAGGGGCCGCGUGGGACUGCGGCGGGACGAGCAGAAGGCGAAGUCUCUGGGUGAGCACGAGUGGCGCUCUCAGCAGCUGGGGGUUUUGGGUUCGCACCAGUUCGAGAGCGACACCGAGAUGUCGGACAUCGACGACGACGACCGCGAGACUCUGUUCAGCUCCAUGGACCUGCUGUCACCCAGCGGCCACUCGGACGCGCAGACCCUCGCCAUGAUGCUGCAGGAGCAGCUCGACGCCAUCAACAAGGAGAUACGACUGAUCCAGGAGGAGAAGGAGUGCACGGAGCAGCGGGCGGAGGAGAUCGAGCACCGGGUGGCGAGUGUGAGUCUGGAGGGAUUGAACCUGGCGCGAUCGCUCAUCACCGCCUCGGCGACGGCAUCGUCGUUGGCGUCGUCGUCGCCACCCAGCGGCCACUCCACGCCCAAACACACACCACGCAGUCCUGCUCGGGACAUGGAGCGCAUGGGGGUCAUGACACUGCCCAGUGACCUGAGGAAACAUCGGAGAAAGAUUGCAGCAGUGGAUGAGGAUGGUCGAGAGGACAAGGCCACCAUCAAGUGCGAGACAUCGCCCCCACCAACACCUCGCCAAGUCCGCAUGGCACGCACUCUUCCGGCAUCAUCACACAAUGACGCUCGGCUGGCUGCAGCGUUAGAAGCUGACGCAGCUCUCAGCAGCAUCGGCAGCAGCUCGGACUCGCUCCACAAACAGCCGAAAAAGAAAGGAAUCAAAUCCUCCAUCGGCCGUCUGUUUGGGAAGAAAGAGAAAGGACGACUGGUGCACAUGGGGAAAGAGAUGAUGGGUCCUGGACCAGGACCAGGGUCAGGUGGUGUUACUGAUCCAGACCUGCUUGCUCAGGACAUGGCUGUGGGGAAACUGGGUGCUCAGGCUGAGAAGGACCGCCGGAUGAAGAAGAAGCACGAGUUGCUGGAGGAGGCGAGGAGGAAGGGAUUACCUUUCGCUCAGUGGGACGGUCCUACUGUCGUCGCCUGGCUGGAGCUGUGGUUAGGGAUGCCCGCCUGGUACGUGGCGGCGUGUCGGGCGAACGUGAAGAGCGGCGCCAUCAUGUCGGCCCUGUCCGACACCGAGAUCCAGCGCGAGAUCGGCAUCAGCAACCCGCUACACCGACUCAAGCUCAGACUCGCCAUCCAGGAGAUGGUGUCGCUCACCAGCCCGUCGGCCCCGCCCACCUCCAGAACCCCGUCAGGCAACGUGUGGGUGACGCACGAGGAGAUGGAGACGCUGGCAGCUCCCUCCAAAACGAAAUCACAAUCUGAAGAAGGAAGCUGGUCUCAGACCCUGGCGUACGGAGACAUGAAUCACGAGUGGAUCGGUAACCAAUGGUUGCCCAGCCUCGGCCUACCUCAGUACCGCAGCUACUUCAUGGAGUGCCUGGUGGACGCCCGCAUGCUGGACCACCUGACCAAGAAGGACCUCAGAGUUCAUCUCAAGAUGGUGGACAGCUUUCACAGGACGAGUCUGCAGUACGGCAUCAUGUGUUUAAAGAAGCUCAACUACGAUCGCAAAGAGCUGGAGAGACGACGAGAGAGCAGCCAGCACGAGAUGAGAGACGUGCUGGUAUGGACCAACGAGCGCGUGAUUCGGUGGGUACAGAGCAUCGGUCUCCGUGACUACGUCAACAUCCUGUUAGAGAGCGGCGUUCAUGGUGCCCUCAUCGCCCUCGACGAUAACUUCGACUACAGCAGCCUCGCCCUGUUACUGCAGAUCCCCAACCAGAACACACAGGCUCGUCAGAUUCUGGAGCGAGAGUACAACAACCUGCUGGCUUUGGGAACAGAGAGACGACUGGAUGAGGAUUUUCGUGGCCCCCCCUGGAGGAGACAGUUCCCCCCUCGUGAUAUUCAUGGGAUCAGUAUGAUGCCCGGAUCAGCAGAGACUCUGCCAGCUGGGUUUCGCCUCACAACAUCAGCACACACACACCGCAUUCCAUCAGACGCUGUGCAGAGGUUGGACAGUUCCACUGUGAGGACUUACUCAUGCUGAGAGAGGGACAAUGAAGACACUCAGCUUCGUGUUAAGACGAGUGUGUCGGUGCUUUUGGCGAACAGAGAUCCGCUCACACACACACUGCCAAGUGAUCAAACGCUGCCCGGACAGACAGGGGAAAACCCAAACGCGCCAAGGUGCCCUUCUGCCCGUCCUGCCCUUUCUACAGAGGAGUGACUGUACAUGAGUGUAAAUAGAGUUUUAUACACCAAUCAGUAUCGACCAAUCAGAACGUCCGUCCCAAACAGCAGGAGUCCCCCAUCGCACAUCGUAUUCACGUCUCGCUCACGGCCAAUCAGCAGGCAGGACAGGAACGUGUCAUCGUGUAAACAAAAAAGCUGCUCUGAGAAACACGACAACCAACGACUAUUCGAUCUCAGCACGGGCUGGACCAGAAUAUACACAUGGAUUCGGGAAAGGGGUGUGGGGAGUUAGGACAUUCCAUAAAAGAUGGGACGUUUAGAAGAGCCUGUCCAGUCUGUUCUCGGUCUGGCUUGGUCAUGGCGGUCUGGUACGCUCGUCCACCACUGCUGGGAUUCGAACCCGCUCUGGUCAGACGCUGGAGAAAAAGCAAGAUGUGUGGACGCUAUAUGGACAAAAGUAUUGGGACAUGAACUGGAACAUCAGCGGAGGCUUUGUUCCCUGAAGGGGCACAAAUUCCCACAGAAAGAUCACACAGAGGCCAGUCAACGGGACGUCCAGCAAGCUCACGGUCAGGUGUCCAAAUACUUUUGGCCAUUUAGUGUUUGAUGCAACAGCGCCUCCUAUUGUGCAGGCGACGGUGGACGAAUACAGAGUCUAGCAUGUUUCCGUUUGUGUGAAAGAAGAACCUGAUGGUCGUCGGAGGCUCGUGCUAGUCUGCGGUUCUUCUUGGCAAGCUCGCGUCCAAAUACUUUUGGCCGUUAGUGUAGUGUCCAUCACUGAGAAGAUUUUGUGAAAUCUGAUUGAAUCUGAACAACAACAAAAAAAAUGUGUGAUUACCAGUAGAAAAGAGUCCAGGUUUGAACCCGGGACCCCGGAGCUGUGCACCCACGCUAGCUGCCGUUGCCUUGAUGAAAUAAAUCCAGUUCUUGAUUCUUCACUCGGAUCGUCGGACGGUCACUCGGCUGUCACUCAUCGGCUUCGUUAACAGACCCCGCCCCUCUGGAGAAGCGUAGGAGGAGUGUGUAAACGCCAGGCGUAGCUGCUAGUGAACGUAGAGCGCGUAUCGACCCGGAGGCGUCGCUCGCUGUGAAUCCGUUUCCGUCUCAUUCGGGAGUAAAGAUGUUGAAUUAUUUUUCUGUAGGAGUUUCCCAGGUGACCUCAUGUACAGACGUUCCUUCCUGUCGUCCAGUUACUUCUGCAUGUUAAAGAACUAACGAGAAAAAAAAGUUUUAUUUAUUUUGUGUCCAUUUUUUUAUUUAUUAAUGAUUGUAUUUUGGUCAGAACUAUGUGGUGAUCAGGAGAUUUUUCUUGUCAAUAAAAAGGUACAGUUACAAAAAA